UGUAAAUGUCCCCGGAUUUUAUUUCAGAAAUCAGGUCAAGUCACUGUAGCAAUGACAAGUUGAAACCAUUGUUCUGUCCUAAUGUAUAUACUCUAUGCAAAGACCGAGUAUUUGUCUUGUUAUCCGUCGGGUCAUCAGUUUAAAACAUCAUAUGACCACUUCAUCCGCGGUUACAUAACCCGCAGCCAGCACCCAGCAGCAGGUGUGACACAUCUGCCAGAAGAUGGCAGCCUCGGCCGCUAGUUUGAAUAUAUAGAGCAAGAAAUAAAUAACUAGACGUGUCAUGCUGGAAUCGAUAUUUCUGCAAUGAGAGGGAAGCUGGAAAAUCCCCGGAUCGGACCGUAAACAAGAAGCAUGAGCGAGUGUGAGAGACGGACAGAUAACAGAGCGAGGCUGUAGAGAGGGAAAACACCGCGACGCUGAUGUUGAGACGAGGACCACCAUCCAGCUCUUUCUGGGGACAAGGAAAGGACACUGCACUGAUCUCAGCGUGCAAGGGAUAAGAUAAGAGGCAGAGUAAACCACUCAGGAUUGGAGGACCGCAGGAAACCUGUGAGAGCUGAGAACUACGUCCUCCACAGCCGAGUGUUCAUAGACUGCGGUGGUCAGACCUCUCUGUUUUGGCCACCCAGAAGAGGCGAUGGAGGAUUAAAUCACAUGCUCCACCGAGAGUGAUCACAGACCAAACCUGCCAAGAUCUCAUUCGUGCUCGAGUGGCCAUUUAUGCUUUUUUUUUCUGGAACCUUAGAACAGCACACACUUCCCCAAGUAAUUUGCUUAUCUCUGCUAAAAGGAAGCACUCUGAUAAAAGUCAGUCAGUUAAUGCUCCUCCAGUGAGAGCGUGUAAAAGAGACCCAGCCACGGCCCACUGGAGGGUCUCCGAGCAGCUUUUGGUGCACUUGGGGGAGAAGAUCGCUGCACGAGCAGAAGAGAUGGGUAACAAAAACACCAGCCUGCCGAAAGGCCCAGAAACCGGAGCUGCGCAGGAGGAGGAAAGAGUGUUCAUUGAUAGCACCCCAGGAAGCGUCUCCAGAGAUGGGCGGCACAGCCCCAGCCCAGAGCUGCUGGCCUCCCUGCAGACCCUGGGAGAAGACAGCGACUACACUGUGCUGCCACACUCCCUGCACCAGAUUGCAGAGGCCUACUCGCUCAAAGAGGACUAUCAUUGUGCCAUCGAGAUCCUACAGCUAGAGAAGCUCUACCAUCAACGUCUGCUCUCCAACCUCGCCGCCCUGCAGGAGAACUGGGAGAGCCAGUGGAAGGAGAAGAAGGACACAAAGAGCUGUUUACCAGAUGACACAUACAGCCUCAGUCAGAAACACAUCGAGACGCUGAGUCAGAUCUGCAGAACACACCUCAGACCAUCCGUCAGUGUGGAAGAGAACAAGCUGAACACAGCGCUGAAAGUCAUUCAGACAAAGAACAAUACACUACAAUCCCAUCAUGACAAAGGCAAUGAGCCUGAAACAUCACACAGGGAUGAGGAAAAAGAGCAAAGCGUGGACUCAGAGCAGGAGCUCCUCACGCCACAGACGAGCCAAGAGCAGGAAUAUGGAGAGGGAGUAGAGGAGACAUGUGAGGAAGGACAGGAAGUAGAAGAGGAAGAGGAGCAGUGUGAAGAGACUCCAGAGGAGGAGGAGGUGAAGGUCGAGUGGCCAACAGGAGUACCCCAGGCUUCAGACAAGGACCUGGCCAAACUGUCUCACACAGAAGGGAACUCCUCCCCAGAUGGUCUGGUCUCCAUUCUGAAGAGGAGGCGGGCAUCGCUGGAUGGAUUGCCUCCUCUAAACAAUAUUGGUAUUAAACAGAAUGCCAAACGCAAGGUUCGCUUCAGUGAGCCAGAGGACGGCACUGAGCAAGAUGAGGUGGGUGGUGAUUCCUGCCUGAUUCUGCUGUUGCUGUGUCUGGUUACUGUGGUGAUCAGCAUAGGAGGGACUGCUCUCUACUGCACCCUGGUGGACACAUACUCCAACAUUUGCACUGACUUCGCUCACAACGUGGACUUCUACGUCAUAAACAUACGGAGGUUCUUUGAAGGGCUGGCACACUGGCUGCCAACCCGGACUUAGACCCUUUCUUCUGCAUCCCAGACAAGCGCUGCCUGGACAUUUUAUCUGCAGUGGACAUAAUCUGCAGUUUAGAAUCAAGACGGUGGUAACAGGACCAGCGUCAAACAGAUUCUGCCGUCCACAGAGUUUACAAGUUGAUUUCUUCUACGAUGGCUGUGUGAACAAAAGAGCCUGCAUUCUUUGUCUCUCUAAGACGUGUGAAUUAGAUCAAAUGGACUAAGAUUGAUGUAUAAUUUAACGGGUGCUUAAAGCAACAUCAAACAGUAGAGACUGUCACAAUCCACAUUUCUUCGCCUAAGAUGAAAAACAUGAUGAAGUGAGCAUGUUGUCUGAUGAUUAAAAAGAAUAUUCUUUACUACUGUUUGUUAGAGAUACCAGCCAACGGGGCUCUCUAUAUUUAUAUUAAAACGGAAAAAGUAGAUGUGUGUAUUUGCGUGUCCCUCACAGUUGUAGCAAGUCGUAACUGUGGAUAAAUGUGUCUUAUUUGUUGCAGAUGAUUUUAUGUUUAGGCCGUUUUAUUUUGGCUUUUACAGAGAGAUGCUUUCAUUAUAAUAUUAAUAUAAUCAUAUGUUUGUGGAUAUUUUGAAUAAGCAUUAAUGGACCAAAUAAUCUUUCCUUUUUCAUUUUUAUUUAAUUGCAUUAACUGUUGCUCUGUAGAUUAGCCAUCUAUGCUCACCCCUUAUGCUGUAGGGGUGUGUAUUUAUGCCAGACACAUCAUACAGAUGUUUGACAUCAUGAGAAAAGGACGAGGAAAUUAAGACUUUAUUAGUUUGGAUAGACCCUGAUUACAGAUACAGACAUGCCUUUAUGAUCCCUUUAAAUGGAUCGUUUCAUAACUGUUUACCUCAGUGCAGAUGUUUUACAUUACUCUUAUCAUUUGUCUGAUGAUAGUAUCACCAGACAAAUAGAAGCAUAAUACAUUGUGUGAUUUCAGUCAUCAUGGUCAUUACUCGGUAUGCAAUACAUGAAUUUAACAUUCACUUCACAAAAGACAUUUACCUUAAGUUUAUGCUUUUGGUGCUCAAUCUUUCCAUGUCCAUCCUUAUGUGUGUUGCUCUAUAAUUUAUGUUCUGCAUAAGGAUUUGUGAUAACAUCUAGUCUUUUGUUUCAGGUGAACAAUUAAAAAGAAAGGACACAUUUGGAUUGCUCGUGCACACACUGCGUCACGUUAAAAAAAAUGUCAUGUUAAAGAAAUGAUACCAAAUGAUACAAAUGGCUCAAAUGAUACAACAGAAAGCAUACCUAUGUAUACCACAUUUCAGUAGAAUGGCGAUAAAUUUGACCAGUGUUCCUUUAUCCCUUGGCUUGUACUGAAGUUAUUACUUUAUCUUUCCUUUUGAGUUCAUGGUUAUUACAACAUUUCAGACGUUACCUCUGUAUUUGCCACUGUGGAUACUGUUCAACAACACGUGUUGCAUUAUGCAAUCCACCUUUAUAUGUUUCGUUAUUUAUGUUCAGUUGUGUCUACAAAGGACUAGAAAAAAAAACUGUUAAAUAAGGAACAUUGUCAUUACGAUUUUUCUUUCCUAUGCUUGUCCUGUUUUGGAAGAGAAAAAAAAUAAAUCAAUAUGUGUCCCAUUUAA